AUGCCCGCUGACUUGAGUGGCACCUGGAACCUGCUGACCAGCGACAACUUCGAGGGCUACAUGUUGGCCCUAGGCACCCUGCGCUGUCCAGUCCCUGUGCCUGCAGCCUCGAUGAGCACAGCCAUGCCCAAGUGUGCGAAGUGCGACAAGGAGGUGUAUUUCACCGAGCGGGUGACAUCCCUGGGCAAGGACUGGCACCGGCCCUGCCUCAAGUGUGAGAAAUGCGGAAAGACGCUGACCUUUGGGGGCCUCACUGAGCAUGAGGAUUUUAUUUUUGAGAGCGGUUUCCAGUUUGCUGAAAGUAAAGAGUUCUUGAGUUUAGUUACCUGGGACAAUGACAGACUCACCUGCAUCCAGAAGGGAGAAAAGAAGAACAGAGGUUGGACCCAUUGGCUCGAAGGGGAUAAACUCCACCUGGAAAUGUUCUGUGAGGGCCAACUGUGCAAACAGACAUUCCAGAGGGCCUGA